CCCCCGCCGGCCGUCAGCCACCUCGCCUUCCCCUCCCCGACUCCGUCAUUCCGGCCGCCGCCUGCCCAUCUGCUCCUGCUCGGCCGCUCAAGACCUAACCGGCUCCUCCCGCCGUUGUCCUCCCAGUUUCCUCCCGGGAGGUUCCGGCUCCGGCUUCUACGGUCGCCACUCUCAGACUGCGUCCCCGGCGGCGCCUCGCCCGCACGCGCUUCGUGUACCUCAGAGAUGGCGGAUGAAUCAUUUUUCGACAGGAUGGUUUCCCAGCUUCGGUCGAAAUCCAAGUACUACACUGGAUAUCCCAAGGAUCUAGGGCCGUCAAGGAUUAUACCAUUCACCUCUGAGCGCCAGUUUGUGCAGCUAUUACAUGAAGGACGGCCUGUGGUUGUGGCCUUCACUAUUAAAUGCACUUAUACACAACAUCUGGACAAAGUACUGGAGGAAGCUGCUGCUACAUUUUAUCCUCAUGUAAAGUUUGUUCGGGUGGAAUGUCCAAAGUAUCCUAGUUUUUGCCUUACGAGGCAGAAGACUGAGUAUCCAUUUCUUGAAGUAUUUUACAACCCAGAACAGGCUGCUAACCCAGGAAAGAUUGCGGAUCAGAACAUCACAAAGUAUUCCGCGAAAGUUCUACCUUUCAACUAUGACCAGAGCGUAUAUGGAUUUCGAGAAUAUUUCAAGAAGUACGGAUUCAAGUACUCUGAAACAAACUAGGUCUAUCAUGGAGAAGCCCUGCAGAGCUAACCGGACCAACUUGCAUGAGUCUGGCUUUUUGAACGUACCAUCAGCGUUAUGGUUCUGCUGUGUUCAAGCAUAUCCAUGAACAAAUAUGAAAUGCUCUGUUAUUAUAUAUUAGCCUCCCCUGGCAUAUGGUUGAAAACAUGGCCAAACUGUUAGCUAGGUUC